GCGGAAGUCGACCAAUAGCCGAACUCCCGAUGAGAGGGCCUUUUGUGCCACAUGAUGGGCAACCCUAUUAAGUCGACGAGAAGCAAAAUAGUAAGAAACCCAGCUAAAGCGAGAAGCCAAACUUCAAGCAUCCUCCAAUAUAGCUCCACCCCAAUCUUGAGCCGAGUCACCUCUCACCAUCCGCCGUAUCAAAUGUUGAGAAUCCCCAUAUUUACUGGAAAAGUUAGCAUAAGGGUAUUUUGUGCUGAAAUAGUGGUUGAACCCAGGAUCGAAGUCAAGAUUUGGUGUUUUUGUGGCCGGAGUUUCUUACCCCGUUAUCGCCAAAAAGUGCAUAAAUUAAUAAGGGCUAAUACCAGUACAACACUCGAACUAUUGAAAAAAUGUCAUUUGUAUCCUAUUUUAUUCAAUAUUCCAUUUCUAUCCCGUCAUAUGAUACUUUGUGUCAUUUGUAUUCUGGGCAUUUUGUUGACCGUUAAAAAUAACGGUUGACCAAACAGUAGUCAAACCAAUGUUGACUUUUGCUGACGUGGUAGAAAAUGUGGCAUCCACGUGGAUGCCACGUCAGUAACAUUUUCUUAAUUCAAAAUCAAAGUAAAAUACAAAAAUCAUUAAAAUUACGAAAAUAAAAUCCUCAUCGUCGCCUUCAACCCCCUCCCCGCCUCGCUCUGCUUCACCCUUCACCGGAGACAGAGCUCUUUGUCGCCUUCAAAUCCCUUCCCAAAAUCAACAUGAUAACAACGAUCUCUCCGCCUCUCUCUUCCCCGGCGGCAACCUGCUCUCCAGAGCGACCUCGACAUGGCUUCCUCAACUCUCUCCAGCUUUCUCCACAACCUCGAUUUGCAGCUCAGAUCCGGCGUCCUCCACCAGUCGAACACCAUCGUUUUAUCCCAGCCAGGGGUGGAAUCGGAGAAGGAAGAGCUCGCGUUAUUUUUGAGAGAUCUAUUCACCAUAUUGCAAAUCGGUGGGCUGGAAUUCAAGAAGAAGGGGCUCGAAUCUCUGCUUCUCAACGACGAUGAGAAGUCGGGAGUUCAAGUGUCGAUCCUGACAUCGUCUGCAAACGACUAAUAGAGGAAGAGUGUGUGUCGAGGAAGGUGGAUUGGGCCAGCCGACGAGAGUUCCUGAUUAGGCUAUCUUUGCCCAAAUUGUGCCUAAGAUUUCGUCGAUUUGGGGACGGGGAGCUUUGUAAAUAAGCUUGCCGAUUCGAUUCGAAAAUCUAGAUAUGCUUGCUUGAUUUCCUUACUUCGACAAUGACUUUCUAUUUCUCUUCUUUUGGUCUCCCUGAUUUCCUCUAAGUCUCGCAAGAUCGGAAAACCCAGAUUUGUCAUGUUCAUCCACCACCAGUCUAUCAACAAUAUGAGUUCCAACCACAACAUAUUCUCCACCACUUUAUUAAGCAUUUUGUACAACCCACAAAACACGAGCUUCGCACAAUAGCGAAGAAGAAGGAUUAGAAGAAUGAAUGGAUUUGAGAGCAACGACGGCGAGUUUAGAAUAACAAGAAUAUGAGGGUUCCAUGGAGGUGAAGGAGCGGCGAUGUCUGAAGGGUUAUUUUAUUUCUAUUUUAUUUUGGAUUUUGGAAAUAUUUUUAGUGUUUUAUUCUCUUUUUUAUAUUUUUAUUUAUUUAUGUUAAAAAUAAAUUAAAACUAAAAUUGAAAAUUACAUUUGAGAUGCCACGUCAAUGCUGACUAGAUUUUCUGUUAAAUACUAAUAGUCAACACUAAGGGAAAAAUAGUUCGGGAGAUAAAUGAAAUAUUGGAUAAAAU